AUGUCAAAACAAACCGGUAAUUUCCUGACUCUCAGCGAAGGCGUAAAGAAAUUCGCAGCGGAUGGCAUGCGCCUUUCUUUGGCGGACGGUGGCGACUACAUCGAAGACGCCAAUUUUGUUUACAGUAUGGCGGAUGCCGGAAUUUUGCGCCUGUACAACCUGCUUGCUUGGGUGCGUGAAAUGGUUGCACUGCGUGAUCAGGGCAGCCUUCGCUCCGGCCAGAACCUCACGUUUGCCGACCACGUUUUCGACAAUGAAAUGAAUAUUGCAAUUCGUAAAACAUAUGAAAGCUACGAGCAGACGCUUUUUAAAGAGGCUCUGAAAUAUGGAUUUUACGAAUAUCACGUAAAUUGA